UAAUCGGUAAUUGUAACGAAACAAUAUGUACCGGAAGUAAAGAUAAACGAAUUAAAUAUAUAUAAUUACUGGUUGAAUCGAAAUAUUUUUAUUCCUAAAGAAGUAGUACGUAUGCGAAAAUUGCAAAUAAUAAUUUUCAAGAAUUAUAAUUCUGUUUUCUGUUCAUGAUCGAUCGAGUAAUUGAUUUGACGCGGAUUAAAUUGAAAGCCGUCACGAUGGACAGCGAACGGAAAGAGGAGAGGCGAAAGAACGUGUCCUAAUUAGUUUUAAUCUGUUGGAUUAAUUACGUUCUCGAGAGAGAAUACGAUUCAACUGGCAGAGACUCGAAGAGGAGAAAUUUAAAUUUGAAGCGGAGUUUCUCAUCUACAUAUUGCCCGCUCGUUUCGGUGGCAGAGCGUGAUAACUUCUGCUUGGCGCAUGCGGCUCACGGCCAUACCCGUGUUCGUACCUGUCAUGGAUUCCAAGGGUCGACCGCGAGCGCAGGCACGCGUGAUUACACGAUUUUACGCGUGAAAAUCAACGGGUACAUCAACAGAACCGUGGACGAAAGUAAUGCAGGAUGAUUAGCCGGUGGUAAAGUGGUGAUUUCUCGACGAUUCAAGCAUCGACCACGCGUAAACAAUCGUCUCAAGAUGAACCCUUUCAACACGGGUUACUGGUCUUCUGUCAUACGGAGCACAGAUAUCGAGGAGCAGGUGGUAGCAAUCGCGCUGGAGCUUUAAGAACCAAGGGGUGGAGGCUGGAGAACGCAUUUCCCGUCGGAUACUUGGAUCAGCCGAAGAAGGAGGAUCGUUUUCAAGGGAGCUUUCGUGCAACCUGUGCACGUUCUCCUUCUUCGUCAGCAACACCGAGAGAAGCUAAGAGGGGACACGGUGAGGAUGAGGCAAGUGGUCGUGCUGGAGCCGGCUGGCAGCGUUUUGGUGAUCAGGCAGACUUCCCUUGCCGGUAACGUCACUACCACCAACACCAGUACCAAUGCUGGAUCCAAUAACGCUCACGAGACCCAUGGGCUCGCCAAUCACGCUGCCGUGUCAACGAUUGCCUCCAAUGAUCACAAUCAGAAUCGUAUCGUCGUCGUGCGCUCAUCCUCCUCGACCUGCAUGACCACCACGCAGGCUGACAACCAUCAUUCGUCCACGAAUGGCAACAACAUCAACGUUAACGCCAACCUGAACGGUAACUCCGGGACUCUCGGUAACAGCAAGACGUCGACGAAGGUCGGUGUAGGUGGCGGAGGCUCCAAGUCGAACGAAAGAAACGAUCACCUUAGGAACGAUCACAAGAGCCAAGAUGGGAUCGGUGCUGGUGACUCGAACUCUGGAUGUCGUCCAAGGACGAGCAAGGAAGCCGUUCACGAGAACGUCUCCUUAGACAGGAAGCUCGAUGGCGCGGAUCCCAUCUCCGAUGGAGAUCCGAUCAAGCUUCCAGAAAAUUUGGAGACCUUACCGCGAGCCGAACACUUUCCAACCCAGAGGCAUCGAUGGAACACCAACGAGGAAAUCGCCGCCAUCCUGAUCAGUUUCCAAAGACACGCGGAAUGGCAAAGUCGGGAGGUGAAGGUACGACCCCGAAGUGGUUCGAUGUUACUGUACUCGAGAAAGAAAGUCCGUUACCGGCGAGACGGUUAUUGCUGGAAGAAACGAAAAGACGGCAAAACUACACGGGAGGAUCACAUGAAGCUGAAGGUCCAGGGUGUCGAGUGCAUUUACGGCUGCUACGUGCACUCGGCGAUCCUCCCGACGUUUCAUCGGCGAUGUUAUUGGCUACUCCAGAAUCCAGACGUCGUCCUCGUUCAUUACUUAAACGUUCCUUAUCCGGACGGUGAUGCUAAGCUAGCGGCGCUGCCACCGUGUCUCGCACUGCCGCCAGACAAGAAAGAGUGGACGCGAGACGAGCUGGCUUCUCAGCUUAGGCCCAUGUUCCUCGGUGGAGAUGACGACCCCAACAAUCCUCAUCUUACGCAACACUCGAAUCAUCCCGUCGACAUGAUAGUUUCUCAACUGUUGGACAGGCAGAGAGCAUCUUCCAAUUCUUCUACCACCAGCACUCAACUUGCACCUAGGAGACUAACACCGGACAAUCAGGUUUCUUCUACUACCGGAGGUCAGCAAUCGUCAGCAACAGCCUCACCGGCUCCCCGCGUAUACUCGAGACAUUCCCACACGACUCAAAGCCAACAACCGGCUCCUCUAGUUUUAAGUUUGCAACAAAUUCAAGGCGGGGGCGGUCUUCUGAUACUCAACAGCCAACCUUAUCACCAUCAACAACAACAGCAGCAGCAACAGCAGCAACAGCAACAGCAGCAGCAGCAACAACAACAGCAGCAGCAGCAACAGCAACAGCAGCAGCAACAACAGCAGCAAAGCCAACAGGUGGAAAUGCAGCAGGUUACGGAACAACAAAUCGUGCAACAAACGAGCGUGGACAGGGAACAACAGACCCAACAGGAGAUCGAAGCCCAAGAAAGCAUGGAUCGUUCCACGGUGCAAUCAUUGCCGAUCGGUGGCACGGGUUCGGAGGUCACAGACUUCGCAGAGACCUUGGAUCUAAGUCAAGAGGAUAUUCAACGAACGUUAUCCGCGAAUAUGGUGCCUCCGUCACCGUCGCCUUCCCCGGCAGAUAAUAGCAUGAUCAAUCCGAUGGAUUUCAUCGAUUCGUCGGACGAUGUUCUCGUUAACUUGGACGCGUUCGACGUGUUCGGUGAUUUGCCGGAACUUCAUGAUUUCGAGGCCGAACAGACUAAGGCUGAAGAGCGAGGCGGGUCAGAUAACGACGUGGGAUGCCAUCCUGGAACUACCGUCCAUAUUGCCGAAUAUAGUCCGGAGUGGAGUUACACCGAAGGAGGCGUAAAGGUGCUGGUCGCUGGUCCUUGGACGGGUGGUAGCAAUUCUCAAUCUUACUCGGUGUUGUUCGACGCCGAACCAGUGGAAGCGUGCUUGGUGCAACCAGGAGUAUUGCGUUGCCGUUGUCCUGCUCACGCUCCGGGAAUCGCGUCCCUUCAGGUCGCGUGCGACGGUUUUGUCGUGUCCGACAGCGUUGCCUUCGAGUAUCGUAGAGCACCAACGAGCGAACCGAGUCCAGAAAGAGCUUUGGUGGAUCGUUUGGCGGACGUGGAAUCGCGUCUGCAAGGACCUGGUCCUCCAUCUCCUGCGGCUCAUCUGGAAGAGCGAUUAGUCGCGUACUGUCAAGAUGCUGUUGUCCGUCCGUGGCGAGCCGGAGCGGAACCAUUACAAUCCGGCGGUCCAACUCUGUUACAUUUGGCCGCCGGAUUGGGCUACUCCAGGUUAGCCUGCGCCCUCCUCCAUUGGAGGGCGGAAAAUCCUAGUAGCGUGUUAGAUGCUGAAGUUGACGCACUGAGGCAGGAUAGCGCCGGUCUCACGCCACUCGCUUGGGCCUGUGCAGCGGGACACGCGGAUACUGCCAGGAUCCUUUAUAGAUGGAACGCGAUGGCGCUUCGCGUGAGGGAUUGUCAGAAUAGAAGCGCAACCGAGUUAGCGGCAGAGAACGGUCACACGGCUAUCGCGGAAGAAUUGAAUCGACUCGAAGCGAGAAGGCAAGACGAGAGGCUGUUUUUGCGACCCGCCAGCCCUAGUCCUAGGAGGCCAUCUCAAGACAGCGGUCUCGAUCUGGCGUUGUGUGGCUCACCGCUGCUGGACAACAUGGAAUUGUUGCAAGAGGAUGACUCGUCAUUAGCCCUCAGCGAGCAGGGAAUGGAGAGCGCUCCGACCCCUCAGGAGACUGUAGGGGAAGAAGACGCGAGGGUGCUGACAUUGGCUGAGCAAAUUAUAGCAGCGCUACCGGAAAGGAUCAAGAGAGCGGAAGGUGAUUCUCCGUCUUCUUCCUCGCCACCUCCAACGGCACCGCCCUUGUCUCCUCUAGAGGACGCUCUCAUGGAACAGAUGCCGCUCGAUUCUGGAGAAUUGUUCGACUCGUAUCGCGAGUGCAGCGGAGGAGCGGCAUCGGUCUCGGAUGCCGACGCGGAUGCUAGUCCUUCGAGUCCGUCUAGCAGCUGUCUCACACCGGACUCGCCAUCUCCACCGCCGACCACGGCCGACUUCUGCGAAUUCUUGCAGCUGCAGUUGCAGCUCGACAACAGUAACGGCCAUAACGGCCAAUACUAUUCGACGUCCGGUGGAGAUCGAAAGUUCGGUAACGUGAUCGGCUCUAGCAUAUGCGGAACAGUAACAGGUGGAGGUAACGGAAACGGUGACGGAAACGAAGCGGAUCUGAGCAGGCUAACUCUGUCCGAUCGAGAGCAAAGAGAACUUUAUCAUGCCGCUAGAAUGAUCCAGAAAGCCUACAGAAAUUACAAGGGACGUCAGAGACAAGAGGAAGCCGAGAGACACGCUGCUGUACUCAUCCAACAAUAUUAUCGUCGACAUAAACAGUACGCUUAUUUUAGACAAGCUACGAAGGCUGCUCUGGUGAUACAAAGUAACUAUCGGAAUUAUCGGUCGCGUCCAGGCUCGGCUAGCUCGAGACAACAGGCGGUUCAUCAGCAGGCUGCUCAUCAGGCCGCGAGGAAGAUACAACAGUUUAUGCGGCAGUCGAAAAUCAACUUGUCGUGGGACGAUUCACGACCGGCUGCAGAACGCCAGGGCCGCCGCAAACGGGAACGGGAGGCCGCCAGCGGGCAUUUUACGGGCGGUUGCUGUCCCCCAAAGCUCGCCCUCAUCUAGCCCAGGGGCCAGCCUAGUAGCCGCCAACCAAGAGGUCACUUAAUUGACUGUCGAUCGAACGGCACGCAGAAUGGCGAUGUUACACCGGAAGCAAAGUAAUAAGAGCCUAGCCAUCCGCGAUAUUGGUCGUCAGUAGGCCGCUACGACGGAAUUUUUCUCGACGAAGUCCAUUGGGGGAUAAAUUGUCGACGAUCGAAAGGCGAUUGACGACCAGCCACACGGACAAGCUUUGCUCUCUAUUAUAUCCCUAAAUUAAUCGUGUACCUGCCUUUAAUCUAAACAAUCUUUCCACCUUUCGCAUCUUUGUCCCCGCAGCUCGACUCGAAAGGUUCGUGCCUCGUCCUUGAUCUAUCUCUUUUAUUUCCCUUUUCUUUCCUCUUUCUUUUCUAUUCGCUUCACUAUCUUCUUUUCUUCUUCUUCUCGAACGCUGCCAUUGUUUUUAUUAUUGCGUACGCCCCUGCAUUUUCUUUUCUUUCCUCGGUCGACGUGACGCUUAAGUGGUACCAGAGGUAGGUGGGUUUCAUUGUCCUCUCGAGUAGCGUGUUACGUUACUCGAGCAUAAUAGAUGAUGCAUAAGUAUUUUAAGGUCGAGCUGAUCGAAGCAUGUUCAUAGAAUGUUGCCUUCCGGCUUCGGGCAUCGAUUGAUCGACUCUUUACGACUGAGAGUACAAAAGAGGCUAUGUUUCUUUGCUGAUACCUUCUUUGAGAACGAUCGUUUUAUAUAUUUGCAUUGAUUUGGCACACCGUAUACAUAGCUCUUUUCUUAUUUCGUUCUUUUUCGAUUCCUUGGCACCGAGUCGUUCUCGAAGUUCAUUUACUUUUUUGUCACGCGUCCGUCGAAGCGGUCUCGUAAUUCGUAAGACGUUUGUUUUCUUUGUUGCUUUUUUUACUUCGCGUACAGCGGUUACGUAAUUUAAGUACAAGACUCGAUGUCGCGACGAAAGGAGUACAGUAUUGAUAAGACUUAUCGUUCAUUUUCUUUUUUUCUCUUUACUGUAUUUUGGAGUUUCGUUUUUAUUCGUAUGUAUCGGUUUGUCGGAUUGAGCAAACGCGUUCAGUGUUCUUUUUUGCAAUUGCGCGUUGUGUUGAUUAAGAGACGCUUGAUUUGCUUUGAUUGAUCUUCGACGAUUCACUUAAGUAUUAUAUUAAAGGUUCGAAGCGUCGAAUACGUUUCUCAUUUACUUUUCACCGUUUCUUUUUUACAGCUUUGCGCGAAAUCGAAGCGAACUCGAAUCGUGUCGUCGCCUUUCCUUCUUUCCGUUCAUUUUCUUCGUUACGGUCGAGCAUGACACGAACGUUCAAUUUGCCGUGAUAACAAUUAUGACGCGAUAUCUGUUGUACGCGAACGUUCAAGAGAUAUCGAGGCAGCAUAAUUCCGUUGGGUGGCAGCAAUGAUCUCUUCCUUGCACGAAAAUUCUUUGUUGCUUAACAAAAGAAAGGCAAUACAAUUCAGGUCGAUGAAUAAGAAGCAUCUUAUUUUCGAGGAAAUCUGGUAUAUCUGAGCUCUAGAAAGAAAGAGAGAGAAAAUACAGAGCGCGAGAGAGGGAGAGAGUAAGAGAGCGUGGACGAGUGAGAGAGUGUGAACGGAAAGCCUGCUAGAGAACAAAGUAAAAAAAGAAGAAUGAGUACUAGAGACAGUUUGAACGAGAAAAAGUAAAACUAUGAACCGAAUAAAAAAGAAAAGAAAAUCUAAAAAAAAAUAAAAAAAAAAUAAAAGAAAUUAAAAGAGCCCUUUCUCCAUUUUAAACGGGAGGGCACUUUCAUCCACGGGCUGUGCUUAAAGUCACAGUAUAAUCAACUUCGUAGAGUUUACAUUAUAGGGUAAGAGAUAGUCGAUUACAUUGUUACAAAACUACCUACCGUUUCUCUCUCCAGUAGGGAAUUUUUUUAAAAAGGUUCUUUAGAUAACGAAAGAAGGGGAUAAAAGAAAAAAAAAAGAUACAAACGACGCGAAGCUAGAGGUAAAAUUAAGGCGUAGCGAGGCGGAAUUAUUAAAAUACGACACGGGGGCACAGCCGUGGUACCCGCGUUCAGAUUGAUUAUUAAGAAGACAAAAAUCUAUUGUGAUAAAAUUAUAAUGGUGAUCGAAGAAAGUAUUUCCGCAGAAAAUACUAAAACGAAAAACAAAAAAUAUACAGGUUACAGUGAGGAAAAUGGUAUCGAACGUCUCGGGCGUUCACGGGGGUUGCACGUGUCGUCGAGACGCGUAACAGACAGACAGACAGAUAAAAAUACAAAAAAUCCAGUUAUGGUGAGUCGAGAUAAAAUAAUUAUACGCCGUCAGAUCUGUCGGAUAGGAUGGACCGAUCGAUGAUCCUCGUUUUCGAUAAUUAAACAGAAAAAAAAAUACCAAAAACAAAAAAAAAUUAAAAAGAAAAUACAAAGAAAAAUCCUGUGUUGAUCCUCCGGUGGUUUGAAGACGAGCUACGAGAUUUUUGUAGCGUGGUUUAAUAAUUAUGCGGAUCGCGUGACGGAACGAGAAAAAGAGAUUCUAGUAAAUUGUACACACACGAGUCAAUUCCAACGAGCAUUUUCAUGCCAUUAAGCUUAAAGAAUUAUUAGUUGAUAAUGAAUAAAAACAAGAGAGAAAACAAAAAAUAAGGAACGGGAAUGCGGACGAGAGAGGGAAGGAUGCGAAUGGGAAGAAAAACGAAGAAAGAGAUAACAAAUUCUUACACUCUUUUAAUCAUUGUUAAUUAAUUAAUUAAUCACGAUCCUAUUGAUACUUAAAACGAGACGAGUAAAAUAAUAAUAAUAAUAAUAAUGAUAAUUAUUAUUAUAUACACAAAACUAUUAUUAUAUUCAUAUUUUUGCUUAUUACAUACUUAAGAAAACUAUUAAACGAGGGCUAGCGAGUAUAGUACAUUAACAAACAGACAAAAAAAAACACAAAAAAAAAAGAGAGAAGAAGGGGGAAACGAGGCCGACGAAGAAAGGAGAUCUCACCCUUAGGAAUCGUUGUUUUUUCUUUUUCUAGUCUUUAGCGUCGGGCUUGCGCAACUUUGUGCGUGGCAAUAAAAUUUGGAAAAUUUUACGCGCAAAGAAUCGUGACUUUCCGAGAAAAAGCAGAACGAUAGAAGGAAUUUGUAGGUCCGUGCACGCCGAAACGAAUCGGUUUCUUUCGAGAGCUUUCGAGAUAAUGGCCCGAUCUCUAUAAACGCGGAGCGGUCACGUCGCUUUUCCAGAACUUUUACCGAGGACAAACGGUAAAAGUCCGGUGUAUCAAAAAUAUUAAGCACACAGUAUUUUUCAGUCGCGAUUAGGGACGGUCCUCUCCGAUGGAAAAGUCGACGGCCGCUAAAUGAAAUAUUUCAGAAUUCCCCGUUAAUUAAUCUAGAAUCGCAUUAAUUACCACGUAUACCGAAAUUAUCGAGGGUACGGAAGAGGAAGAGGACGAACAAACCGAGAUAAAGGGAAAGAAAAAUACUCGAGAAAAUGCAUAAAAAAUACUUAUUAAUUAAAAGACAUCGCUAGGGUAGGCGCUUCGAGGAUACAUAAACUUUAAAAGUCACACUUAAUACAAAUUAUUCUCAAAAUAUAAAAAAAGUUUAAUAAGUAAAGAAAUUUUUAAAUCUACGUAAGAAAGCCAAGAGUCAAAGACGACUAGAUGAUAGGAGCCGCAUGGCCUAACUGCUGCCACUUUAAUUAAUUAAUUAAUUAAUUAAAUAAUUAAUUAUAACUUUAUUACUACUUAAUUAAACUCGAUACAGAUGAGAAAAACAAAUAUGUCAUGCCACUUUUCAAACUAAACUUUCUAGAUGCAGAGACGAAUCAGUAGGUAUAGAGGACUAUUCAAUGAAAACUUCUCUUCUAAUUGGGAAUGAUUGAUUCGCGCUAUAGAUUCGAAUAUUUCCAAUUGUCCAAUUCUCCAAGAAGAAUCGCACGAGAUAUAUACGCGUGUAAGAUGUCGCGUUAUAAAUCAACACGACUCCCUUGUUUUAAGAAAAAACAAAAAAAAAAAUUAUUAUAGAUUUUUACGAUAUCAUUCCGCCGAACGAUUAACGAAUAGGAAGAAAAAAAGAAACUUAUCGGACGAAAAGUUCGAACGAUACGAUCUGUCUACUUUUUCGUUUGUUCAUGGUUUCGAUGGGUCAUGUUGAUGUAUCGCGAGGCAUCCUGUAGGACGUUUGUAUCACGAUGUCGAAAAGGUCGAAACGAUCGGAUAUCGGUGCCUAGCUCAUGUUCUACUCACUGUUCCUUGAUUAAGACGACGGUCACUUUGUACCUGCUUGCUGCCUGCCUGGCCCGUGCGUUACAUAAACAUAUUUCUAGUCUUAUCGAGGUAUCAAACGCUCUGUAUUAUUACUCGAUAAUAACGUCCAAGCAUGUCGCGUACUUUCGUUGUGAUAAUCCGGAUGGCGUGGUGUCCCGACCUCUCGCGUCGUCUAAAUGCGAUUUUUCUACACGAUAUCGAGGAAGCGUAACGCCGAUUAAUUAUUUGUUAAAUCCCAUUCGAUUUCGCGAAGAGCGACUAUCCCGGAAGGUUGAUGGUUUCGACAGCUGUUUCGACAUCUACAUCCAGCCGACGUUAUUCGCGUUCGAACAUUCGCUAAAAAAUCGAGUCGAUUUUCCCUUUUCGACCUCGUCGUCGAUCAAACAAACGGGAGGAAGGAAUUCCUCAUAAAUUCGCGAAGAGAAUCUGUUCGUAUUCUCGAAGGGAAUCUCGUCUAUUUUCGCGCGAAUCUUCGAACGAUGGCGGCAAUAAUUUAAACAGAUUCGUGCUACUUUUAGUGGAAACGAAUAAUGGUAAUAAAGGCUCCAUCUCUUGUAAUAUUUUUAUUAUCGCAAACGUAAUAUUACAUUAUUAAAUUAUAUUAAAUAAAGGAUUACGCCACUGUUUAUUAUUUAUUGACUAACGUUCAACUAAUAUUGUAAAUAAUAACGAAAAUAUUUUAUCUAUAUUUCCGAUCCGGGGUGCGUUGGGCUGGGGCAGCGUAUUACCUCUUGUCCGCCCUUUGUGGUGAUCCAACGGAUCUCCAUACGCCCACCCCCUAUUGUUACACCAUUUCAUCAUUGCAUUUAAUAAAUUAUAUAUUUAUUGA